AUUUAUGAGAGAGCGACUAACGAAAAAUCAGAACACAAAAAGAAGAAGAUGGAUGAUAACAAAAACAUCAUCAAAACCCUAGCUCGGUGGUGUCUUGUUCUACAAGCCAUCAUGAUAUCUUCCAACACCGUGGCUCUCAAGGAACCAGACUACGUAAACAUGAACAUAACAAUCCGCAAUGCAAUGACCGGGCUGCUCCGCCCGGAAAUCGUCUAUCGAUGCCAGUCCAAACGCAAAGAUUAUGGUUGGCAUCGAUCUACAAAACCAGGAACUCAGUUUUCAUUUCCAAUCAUUCUCAUUAAAGGUGAAAGCAAGAUACCGGCUAUUCACAUCUGCCGUUUCCGGUCCGCUUUAGGAACCGCCACACUCGUGAUAGAAAACACUUAUCUCGACGCCGAGAUGUGUCCUAAAUCUUCAUGUGCUCACGAAGCGACACCGAAAGGGAUCUUGUUUAGAGGCCUUGAAUGGGAUUUCAAAACCGUGUUUCCAAAGCUCAAACCAGUUGAGUAUCUUGAAUUGCCGUGGACACCUUGGCCAAACAGAACAUGAAUUUUUCAUCAUAUUUUUUUUUUCUUUCCUUUUGUAUUCAUUCUAAUUAUAGAAGUUCAAAAUUCAUAAUCAUAAGCAGUUUGCCACAUACUAACAGCUUUAGUUUAAAUUAAUUCCCUACAUUUAUGCGUUGGAGAGACAAUUGCUCGGGAAUAAACCUUAGGUUCACCCUAGGAUGAACAUUUAAAUUCACUCAUUUUUUAAGACCAAUCAAAGUAUUAAGUAGAUAAUUAAUUAAAAAUAUAAAAUUUAUUUAAAAAUAACUAAAAAAAAAGCAAUG